CAUGCUAACAGAAUCACAUGGUUCCUUUUUCUUUGUUUCGAAACAUCCAAGAAGACAUUUAUUAAACACGUGGGUGAUAAACAAUUACUGCAUCAUCUUCUUCAUAUAAGUAUGUGAUAUCCAUCGUCUCUUUAAACACACUCAAAAACCAACUUAAUAAACCUUUAUGAACUUGUAGCAAAUAAGAAUAUUAAGGAUCAUGUCGAAGAGCAAGAUUCUAGUAGUGGGUGGCACAGGAUAUGUCGGCAAGCGGAUUGUGAAGGCUAGUUUGGCUCAAGGCCAUCCUACCUACAUCCUUAUGCGUCGCGAGCUUGGCUUUGAUAUUGAAAAGAUUCAGAUGUUGUUGGCGUUUAAGGAACAAGGAGCGCGUUUGGUCGAGGGUUCGUUUUCUGACCACCAGAGUUUGGUGGAUGCCGUCAAACAAGUUGAUGUUGUGAUAUGCACCAUGGCAGGGGUACAAUUUCGGUCACACAAUAUUCUCCUUCAACUUAAGCUUGUUGAUGCAAUUAAAGAAGCCGGAAACAUCAAGCGGUUCUUGCCAUCAGAGUUUGGGAUAGAUCCUUCUCGAAUGGAACACGCACUUGAAAUCGGAAAGGAGACGUUUGGGGACAAGAUGAUUAUACGAAAAGCCAUUGAAGACGCUGGAAUUCCACAUACCUACAUUUCGGCAAACUGUUUUGGGGGUUAUUUCGUCGGUAACCUUUCCCAAGUAGACUCCCUCAUGCCACCAAGGGACCGAGUAUAUAUCUACGGAAAAUUUAAGGCCGUUUUCAUGGAUGAAGACGAUGUUGCUACAUACACAAUUAAGACUGUGGAUGAUCCUCGCAUGUUGAACAAGACCUUGUACCUUCGACCACCAGAGAACAUUCUUACUCACAACGAGUUGGUUGAGAAAUGGGAGAAACUUACCAAUAAAACAUUGGAGAAAGUGCACAUAUCUGCUCAAGACUUUCUUGCUUCCAUGAAAGAUGUGGACAUUGCUCUUCAAGCAGGAUUUGCACGAAUUUAUCAAAUUUACUAUGAUGGUUGUUUGAUGAACUUCGAAAUAGGAGAAGAGGGAGGAGAAGCUUCUAAGCUCUAUCCAGAGGUCCGAUACACUCGUGUACAUGAAUAUUUGAAACGAUAUCUCUAGUUGGUGUCUCAGGUUUUUCAAAAAUAUGCGACAACUAGAGAGCAAAAAAUCAUGCCGUGUCUCAUAUAUAAGCUAUAAUGUAUUUGGAUUUUAGAGGUACUUUAAUUAAUAUGAUGAUCAGUGUACAAAUAAAAGCAAACCCGUGUUUGCGUCGUUACUAUUAGUAGAUUUUAUAGUAUAGCAUGUUUGGAAUUUGAUCCGAAAAUCAUAAUUGUUGAAGAAUGAAGGGCUAGUGGCAAGUUUCGUUUUUGUUCU